ACGCGAUGGCCGCUCGCUCAACAAAUAUUUGGAUUUUAGAGAGAAAACAAUGGCUUGGUCGCUUGCAAGAGCUCGUUGCUGUAUCGACUAACUAUCGGGAUAGUAGUGAUGUUGUUUUAGCUCACCGGUUUGGCCUUAAUUCUGAGUCGGAGGUGCUCUGUUUCUGUUGGUGACCCAGUGUUUUUCUUCUUCGUCUCGCGGGCCUGGCUGUAGCUGCCUACACUUUAGCAGCGGGUUGCUACUUUCGGAUGAGCGCGUAGUAGGUCUCCCAAGAGCUGUAGGAUGGAUCCAGACAGUGGGACAGAAUCACAAAAAGCUGUCAGUUUGCAGUGGGAAAGCUACAAACUCGUUCAAGACCCUGCCAUCAGGCGUGUUACCCAGAAGAUUUACAGAUAUGAUGGAGUACACUUCAGUGUGCCCGACUCUGGAUUUCCUCCUGUGGGAGACCUCCGGGAUCCUAGACCUCGGAGACUAUGGUCCAGGUAUACUGAACUGUCCCUACCAGUGCCAAAAUUCAAGCUUGAUGAGUUCUAUGUGGGCCCCAUACCCCUCAAAGAGGUGACCUUCGCUAGACUCAAUGACAACAUCAAGGAGCCAUUCUUGGCAGAAAUGUGUGCCAAGUUUGGUGAAGUGGAGGAGAUGGAAAUUCUCUUUCAUCCCAAAACCAGAAAGCACUUGGGCCUUGCCAGGGUGUUGUUCACCAGCACCAGAGGGGCUAAGGACACUGUCAAGCAUUUGCACAACACCUCUGUGAUGGGUAAUAUCAUUCAUGCACAGCUGGAUAUAAAGGGUCAGCAGAGACAGAAGUACUAUGAUCUGAUAGUCAACGGGUCCUACACUCCUCAGACAGUGCCUCUGGGAGGGAAGGCUUUGGCAGACAGCAUUCAGCCUCAAACCCCAACACAGUCCCAACCUGACACGUUGGAAAUCAGACGGAGGCUUUCCAGUGAGCUUGCUGUUCUGGCAGCAGGAGUCCAAGCCCUUACAUCAGGAAACAUCACACCAUGUUCUGCUGAUACUGGCUUCAGUGACCAGCGAAUAGACACCCCCCCUCCAUCCAUAGCUGGUCCUUUCACCCCUGGCUCCUCUGCUUCAUCUCAAGGAGGAGGAACUCCUUACAGCUCUAGAUCUGGGACUCCUUUCUCUCAAGACUCAGGCUACACCAGCAACCGACAUCCUGGCUAUAAUCCAGGCCCUUUGGGCAGUGGCUAUCCCCCCCAGGACAUGUUACCAUCAUCAUCUUCAUCUUCUGCAGUCUCGUCUUCUGUCGGAGGAUACAAAGUAUCUCGUUACCCCGAUGAACAGGAUCCAUCAGUGCACCAUCGAUGUCGCCCAGGGUACCCUCCAUCCUAUCGUCCCAACGAGCCACCAUGCUACCCCCCCUACCCUAAUCUUGGAGGACCAGGGCCCCAGAUAGCACAUCACUCCACAAUGCCUCCCCCACCUUUUUCCAAUCAGCAUGACCAUCUUCCAAUGUCAGAUCGAGACCGUGAAAGAGACUCAGGGGGGAGGUAUGGACCAGGGGGCACUGGCUCCAGAAGGUCAUCCUACCAUCACCAGCAGGACACAAACUCUUCCUCAAAGUACCAUUCCCAUCACUCCCAUCACCAUUCAGACCGCAGAGAUGAUCGGGGUUACCGGCGCGACAGCCUCGGCUCCCGGUCAGGUGACCACAGCCACCAGAGACACCGCAACCACCACCACCACUCUCACAACCACCACGGAAGCAGCAGUCGCAGAAGAAACAGCCACGAUCGGGACAGGGACCGAGACAGAGAUAGGGACCGAGACAGCGACUACUCCAACAGCUCUGAUCCCAGAUACAAUUCCAACUCUUAUCGCUCCUCUUCGAACAGCAUGUCUCCUCCUCCAUCAUCUUACUCUGCCUACGCCUCCUCUAAAGAGGCUGCUCCAACCCCUCCUCAGGGAUCGGACGGGUCCACCCGCCCAGGGGCAACAGGCCUUGCAGAAAGGGGUUCUCUGCCUUCAGCAGGUGCUGACAAAGGCUACCACGCCGAUCAUCACGGUGCCCUGCCUCCUCCUCCCCCUCCACUUCCACCCGCCUCUGUUAUUGCGGCAGCUGUCGCUGACACGCUAGGAUCACUGGACUUCAACCAGGACAGUCCUGCUGGUGAAGAGCAGUGGACAAAGCCCAAACGUCAUCCUAGCACUCCACCUGCUCCACCCAAGACUCCCCCACCCUCAUCUCCUAUCCACCCUACUAUCGCCUCCUCCUCUAACUCUCCCUCCUCGGCCUCUCUUCCUCAUCACCUUUCCUCCUCCUCCAGCUCCCCACCGCCUCCUCACCGGGACUCCUCUUCCCCAGAACCCGACUCCACUAAUGAGAGUUUACCGUUUGUUUACCACAGCAGCAGUCUUGACUCUCGCAUUGAGAUGCUCUUAAAAGAGCAAAAGGCGAAAUUUUCUUUCCUCGCCUCUGAUGAGGAAGAGGAUGACGAUAGGAAAGAAGACAAGCUUCGAGCCAAAGCUGGGGAGCGAGUCGAUCGAAGAGGUGGGUCAGGUAAAGCAACAGGGGAACAGGAGCACAUAAGAGACAGUGGAGAGAAAGAACACAGGAAGAAAGAGGAGCGAGAUCAAGAUGGCCACAAAGGAAAGAAACAGGGGAAGAGGGGAGAGGGGAGGAAGAGCCCAACUGUUCUCUCAGCAGAUACACAACCCCCCUCCACUCAUUCUCCCCUUAUCCUACCUCCAGAAGAACCUCAACCCCAGGUUAGCCUUGCUGGGACCGGGACGUCACAACAAGAGUCCGAUCAGCCGGGUUCUGCUGACGCAGAGAGCCGAACGGGAGCUCACACACCACCCUUUAAUGGGCAGAGUCAGGCCUCUCCUCAUUCUUCUGGGGAGGACAUGGAGAUCUCAGACGAGGAGGAGGAGGAAACAACAACCACUAUAACAACAACAGCAACCCAUCAGCAAUCAGCCGCUUCGGGAUCUUCACCGUCCUCUUCUCAGGCUGCACCGUCACAAACAGCAGACCCCUCGUCCUCCCCACCACCCGACUCUUCGCAGCACUUUGGCACUUCUAUGCACCUCCCAAUACCUUCCUACCCACCUCAUUUACCUCCCCCUCCCCCUCAUGGUUACUCCCUUCAGCCUCCGCCUCCACCAGGGAUUCCCCCCCUUCCCCACAUGGAGCUGCACCCUGAGUAUCCCCCUCCUAUGCCUCACCACAUGUAUGACUACGCCAGCUCGAUGGAACUGAUGAACCAGUACAGUGGUGGAGCACCGAUGUCCUUCCAAAUGCAGACACACAUGCUAAGUCGCUUACAGCAGAUGCGUAUGUCUUCAUCCAACGGCACACCAGGUCCAGGUGAGGCCGCUACUGCAGACUACUCAUCCUACCAUAUUCACUCAAUGCCACCUCCUCACACGCAUCACUCCUACAUGGACCAGGAGGGGAGUGGGGCAGGUGCUCAUUUUGACCAAGACCACAGGUACAUGCCCCCUCAUAUGUCCUAUCCCUACCACGAUCCCCACAAUACUCAGAUACCACCCCCUCCCCACACUGGCUGGCCACCACACGUCUUACCUCCUCAUUACCCCUCCUACAUGCCCCCUCCUGGCUACGGCACUAUGCUGACCGGAGAUGGGAACGAGUUUAGCGUUCCCGGGGAGCAGAUGCCCAUGUUGGCUGAGAAUCCACAUGAGGCAACGGUGCAGAUGGUCUUGGCCACGCUUAUCCAGGAAAUGAAGAACAUCAUGCAGAGGGACCUAAACCGUAAGAUGGUGGAGAACGUAGCGUUUGCAACGUUUGAUGAGUGGUGGGAGAGGAAGGAGACCAAAGCCAAGCCUUUCCAGACUAUGGUAAGGGGAGUGUCUGCUUUACGGGAUGAUGAGAAAAAGGAGGAAAAGAUCAAUCGUCCACGGGAGCCCCUUACGUCUCUUGUGGAUUGGGCAAAGAGCGGUGGCAUGGAGGGCUUUUCUCUUAGAGGAGCUCUUCGAUUACCCUCCUUUAAGGUGAAAAGGAAAGAACCUCAGGAGUUUGAACAGGUGGACAUGAAGAGGCCUCGGCCAUCAACUCCUCCAGAUGAAGAUGACGAAUCUGCAGACAGGAUGCCAGAGGCAGACAGGCGCGGAGCUGAAAGGGACAGCAAGAGGAGAAAGAAGAAGCCAAGAACUCGUAAACCUUGGGAACUCGACAGUGAGGGAGAAGAAACAUCUGAUGGCUCGUCAACUGAAAAGGAGUAUGAGGAAGAAAUGGGCAGUGAGAAGGAUUCUGAUGAUGAAGGCCUCAGUGACAGUGAUGACGGGAGUCUCUCUUCGUCUUCUGAAGGCUCCUCUUCUUCAGCAUCAUCAUCUUCAUCCUCGUCUGAAGAUGAAGAGGAGGGAGAGCUGGUGGAAAGUGCCGGUCCAGACUCCAUGGAUGAGUCGACCAUGGACAGCACAACUGAGAAGGAGGAUGACAAAGAAAAUAUUGCUGCUGCAGUUCCAAAGAUGGACAUCAAAAAAGGUGUUAUAAAAGACAACAAGGGGGAUAAACUGACAGCACUGUCCAAGCAUCCUUCAUCUCCUUCGUUCCCGCGGCCUUCAUCCCCCAGUGUUUUUGUGCCCCCCCUCAAGAAACGCAGAAAGACCGUGUCAUUCACAGACGAGAAUGAUGGCAAAACACACCUGCCUGCUGUGCCACUGUCUCCAUCUUCACAUUUGUCGGGUGAACCCCCUGUCCUCCCUCUCAAGCUUUCAGACUCUCCCGUCACUGUUGCGCCGCCCUCCUCGAGUCGCCCCAGUCAAGGAAUCCAGCUUCUGCCUUUCGCCUCAAAACCAGGAGAAGGCAAUGCCCUCAUUGUCCCCCCUCCUGGACGAGCCCAGGAUUCAGAGGAGACCAAAAAGGGACCUUUUGUUAUCACGCACACAACUUCUGUCAAGUCUCCCGGCAAACGGGGAGCAGGCAAAGACUCUCCCAGAUCUCCCGCCCCUAUUAUGAUAUGCCGCACGGUGCAGAACCUUCCAUUGGACCAUGCUUCUAUGUGUAGGAUGGCCUUUGAGGAGGCCCCUCCACCACCUUCUGUCAAGCGGCCCAGAGGCAGACCUCGGACAUCCAGCAUUUCUGCUUCUUCCUGUCACUCCUUCAGAGAGGAUGACGAGGAUGAGGAGGAAAGUGAGCUAAGGUUAAGACUUAGAGAGCAGGUGGGAGCUUCCAGCCUCCUGCAGCUGUCCUCGGCCUCCACAGCUGACCUGUCUGUGCUGGCUGAUGUAGCCUUAAAAAUGGACCCAGAUGCUGGGGACUCUGAGGAGACAGAAACUUCUGAUGAAGCAGAAGAGCAGAAAAUGGAAGGAAAUGUCCUCUCUCCAGAGUCGCUGGCUUUGCUUGUAAGUCCUGGAGGUGUUAUCGUCCUUUUGGAGCACAACUACUGCAAACCUCCUUUACUCGUAGCACCAUCCACUUCCAAAAAGGCUUCCUCUAGACAAGAUUCCUCCAUCUUAGUCCCGACAGACCUCAAUUCUAUUUCUGGGGUCCUUGAGGCUCCAGAGGAAGUGAUUGGAGAGGCGUUACCGUCCAGGUUGUAUGCUGGAGACUACCUGCCUUCAGCGGGAGAGCUGAGUGAUUCUGAUGAUCUGAGCCACGUGGCAGCUGCAGCGCCAUCUCCAAAGAAGAAACAUUAUCCUGGGAAAGGUUUAGAACUUGAAUAUGACAAGAGUGAAAAGAGGAAGAGAAAAGAUAAAGAAAACCUUGAGCCACACCAUUCACGGAAGCAGAAGGAGCCGGCAGGCAAGAAGCAGAGGAAGCAGAAACUAGAGGAUUCUGACUUAGAUGAAGAUGUGGACGUGGAGGAGCUUGAAUCUGGGGAGCUCUCCAGCUCAGACACUGAUAACGAGAUGGCAGAAGACGUGAGGAAGAGCGAACGCCUCUUUCUGCAGGAGGCGACUUCGCCACGCAGGCUGAAGCCUGUUCCUGCACCUGAGCUGCCACCUGUUAAGUUUGAAAACCGUAGUGAAUUUGAACAAAUGACCAUCUUGUAUGACAUCUGGAAUGCUGGUCUGGAUGGUGAAGACUUGACCUACCUGAAGAAGACUUAUGAGAAGCUGUUACAGGACGACCACAGCUCCGACUGGCUCAACGAUACUCACUGGGUCACUCAUACUGUAACCAAUUUACCAAACCCUCGACGCAAAAAGAAGAACACAGAUGGACAGCUUCGAGAGCAUGUGACUGGAUGUGCCAGGAGUGAGGGUUACUACGCCAUCAGCCGCAAGGAGAAGGACGUCUACCUAGACCUGCAUCUUCCCGAGCAGGUCAUACGGGAAGUUGAGAAUGUCGAUACCUCAGGAGUUAACCGUGUGCUAUCAGAGAGGCGUUCAGAGCAGCGCCGCAUCCUCACAGUCAUUGGAGCCACAGCUGUCAUGGACUCUGAUCUACUUAAACUCAACCAGCUUAAGUUCCGAAAGAAGAAGCUUCGUUUUGGGCGCAGUCGAAUCCACGAGUGGGGUUUGUUCGCCAUGGAGCCCAUCGCUGCUGAUGAGAUGGUUAUUGAGUAUGUUGGUCAAAACAUCAGACAGAUGGUGGCUGACAAUCGAGAAAAGCGGUACGCACAGCAGGGCAUCGGGAGCAGCUACUUGUUUAGAGUGGACCACGACACAAUAAUAGAUGCGACCAAGUGUGGCAACCUGGCCCGAUUCAUCAACCACUGCUGCACUCCAAACUGCUAUGCCAAGGUUAUCACCAUAGAGUCCCAGAAGAAGAUUGUGAUCUACUCAAAGCAACCUAUUGCAGUGAAUGAAGAAAUCACCUAUGACUAUAAAUUCCCUCUGGAGGAGAACAAGAUCCCGUGUCUGUGUGGAACAGAAAACUGUCGCGGGACACUCAACUAGUGAAAGCACUUCUGUUUCUUACUUGCCAGUGGCCGCCCGGACCUGGAUUCCUUGCCAUUUCACCUUCUUCAGAGUGCAGCCACCUCUAAUUCCUCAGUUCGCUACCCUCAGUGGUCCCUACACUGAGUAGGAAACAGCGUCGCACACACUUGCACUUUUUACACACUUUUCAUUGACUGGGCUGUUCUGUAUGCCACUGUGUGAUGGGUUUGUGGGUUCUUUUGUUGAUGUUUUUUGGUAUAUUACCAUUUUAGAAGGUCCUCAGCCUUGACCUCUUUGUGGCAGUAUUGUAGAAUAUGAAUGGGAAACAAUUCCCAAGCGAGUUCUCCCUUGAACCUAGGCAUCAAAGGUUUUUCUGUUUCCACGCCAGCAUCAGUUGAAGAGAGGACAAUGAUGGCACACAGGCGUUUCAUGUUCAUGUGUGGGUCAGAUUACACAGUGUCAAAUCCCUCUUAACCCAACCUGACUGUAGACCUCUGCACAAACGCACAGACAUACCAGAAUAAUUCAGGGUUUUUAAAAGCUCUUGUAAAGGGCACCAUUUUAAAAGGACUCAUUUCUUUCAGUUACGCAAAAUUUGAAAGAAUGAAGGUUGUUUUGAGCGUUUUUACGUUAUAUCUUAGAAUUAAAUCCUUGCUCCUAUUAAUGCUAUUGUUACUUUGGUGCAUUAGCUGCAAGCAUCUAACACUGAAACGAUCUGUAGUGUACCCAUCAGUGGCUCAGCUGCACUGAACCGUUGUCCCCUCUCUCCAGCAUUUGUUAAUCUUCUAAGUUGCUGCAACCUCGUGUCAGAAAAAUGUUUGUUUUUAGAUACAUCCAGAUUUUUAUUUUUCCUGUUAUUUAUUUUUUUCUUAAACCAGCUUGUGGAUGUUCAUAACACAGGUGGUCUAGAGCAUCCUGCCUUCUGUAAGAACAGCAUUUGUGCACGUCCUCAGAAAUGUGUUUGCGUAUUCAACGGUGGAGGCAAGAUUCCAGCUCCCCUUAUUACCAUUCUGUCCCACUGAAACCUUUUCCAGCAACAUCGUGGUUUCUGUUUCCCCUGUUGUUAUGGCGACUCUUACUGGACAAUUCACUCAAAUUACAAAAACAAGCAUGUGUACAACGUUGGCUCUGGCAGUUGUCUUUGUUUAGUACGAUGUUGUUCUGUGUAGUUAAUCCUGCCUUUAUGUCUGUUGUUUAGUUCUGGAUUUCAACAAGAAAAGGUCAGCCACCUGUUAACUCCCUCUCUAGUUAUUUUAUCCAGAGUAUUGCAGAUCCUAGUAAGAACUCUGGGAUCAAAGUUAAGACAGUUUAUCCUGCGUUCUACAGAUGUUUCCACAAGGCAUAGUUGCUUGAUAUGGUAAUAUAUCUUCAAAGGUCUAUAGUUUUUUUUUUUUCAUUCAUUCAUUUGUUUUUCUGCGUUAGUAUUUAUUUAAUCUGGGUGUGUGUACCCACCAGUCCUAUAAACCAGUUUCCUAAAAGAUCUAUUCUGAUAAACAACUCUGUAGCUGAGUUUGGGGUGUAGACGGGUGUAAGGUGCCUGCUGAAGUCACAUCCCUCAGCUGGUUCGUGGUUGCUUCAGGCACGUGGACGUCUGUGACCUUUGUGUCCUUCCUGUGUUCAAAUGGCUCUGGCCGUCCAAAGUUUAUUUUUGGUGUUAAAGAUUUAAACUAGACUUCCUUUUUUUUUGUUCCCUUCUAACCAGUAAAUAUGUGUAAUAUAAUGCGUGUUGCCUUUCCGUACAAACCAACCCUAUUUACUACAGGAUAAAAACACAGAAGAAAAAAAUCUUUGUAUAUAAUGUAGAGGUGUUUGUUUCUUGUAGAAACACACUGAUUCCAAGCUGUAAAUAUAUUGUUCCUUUUCCUCUCCCCAUGAGAAGGAAACCUGUACAUACGUUUCAUUCAUUUAUUUUUUAUUGUUUUUUUCCUCUUAAUUUGAUGAUUUUAAUAUUAUUUGCAAUAUUUCUCUUGUAUUAAUGCGUUGGACCCUUUAUUAAUGGUGCAUUAAAAGUAUUUUUUAAAUAAAAAUCAUUUUAAUGUUU